UUAGUCAGGUCUGCUACACAGCGGAGGCUCGGGGAUCCGCCGCCUCGCCGCUCGAGCGCCGCUGCUUUCAUCGGAGUGGCGUGCUCCCCAUCCGGGAUUGCCUUUUCCUUCUUUGUCUUUCCACUGCCCUCUCUCAGCGCGCUUCGUUUUCGGCUUCCCUGUCGCCAUGGGCAAGCGGGAGGAGGAGGAGAUCAUUAGAAUCGCCAAGAAAAUGGACAAAAUGGCGCAGAAGAAAAACGGGUCUGGUGCUUUGGACCUGCUCAAGGAGCUACGCAGCGUCCCGAUGACCCUGGAACUACUUCAGUCGACCAGAAUUGGAAUGUCUGUCAACGCCAUCCGUAAGCAGAGUACAGAUGAGGAGGUGACAUCCCUUGCCAAGUCUUUGAUUAAAUCAUGGAAGAAGCUUUUGGAUGAGCCUGCCAGUGGAGACAAAUCCUCAGACGACAAGAGGAAAGAUACGGCCCCUGUAUCUCCCUCGCAGGGAAGUCCGGAGGCAAAGGAAGAAAGCAGUUCCAGCAGUAACUCCAGCGGCAAGAGCGAGCAUGCCGACGUCUCCAGCAAUUCGUUAAUCAACACCUUCCCUCGUGCUCCCGGCACCGCUGACUCCAUACGGAUCAAGUGCAGAGAAAUGCUGUCCAACGCUCUCCAGGCCGGAGACGACUACAUCGCCAUCGGUGCCGACUGCGAUGAACUUGGGGCGCAGAUUGAGGAAUGCAUAUUCCAAGAGUUUAAGAACACGGACAUGAAGUACAAGAAUCGUGUGCGCAGCCGAAUCUCCAACCUUAAGGACAUGAAGAAUCCCAACUUGAGGAGGACGGUUCUGUGCGGAAGCGUCACCCCCGAGCGCAUGGCCAAGAUGACCGCAGAGGAAAUGGCCAGUGACGAGCUGAAAGAGAUGAGGAAGAACUUGACCAAAGAGGCAGUCAGAGACCACCAGAUGGCCACCACGGGGGGCACGCAGACGGAUCUGUUCACCUGUGGCAAAUGCAAAGGCAAAUGCUGCACCUACACACAGGUUCAAACUCGCAGCGCUGAUGAGCCCAUGACCACGUUUGUCUUCUGCAAUCAGUGCGGAAAUAGAUGGAAGUUCUGUUGAGUGUGCAGGCAUCUUCCUUUGGCGCUUGGCUGAGUAGCAAAAUUACCGGACCAGAUCAUGUCAAUGGGCCGCAAAUUGGAGCGUUUAAUAUUUUUUUUUUUUUCUUUUCCUUUUUUUUAUCAUGUGGUGUACAGACGGUACACCAAACGCUGUGUAAAGAAUGCCACUUGGCUUUGGAAUGGACUAAACUCUUCUGUUCAUAGUUUGAGCUAAUUGUAAGCCCUACCCUCUCUGCCCCCCAGCACCGUCAAAAUGCAAUCUUUUACUAUUGUGAAUAGUCGUUUCCCCACUUAUUAGAUGUAUGCAAUCAAGCUUGACUCGCUCUUUUAUCAGCAAUUUUUUUUAUAUAUGUAGAUUUAACACCCUGGACAGUGUUGUUAUGCUUUCCCUCCACAACAACACUGCAUUGUUUAUUUAAUUUCCCAAUAAAGUGUAAUCCAUUUGAUUAUAAAACAAACAACCUAUGGUUGAUGACAAUUUUGAUGAAUUCAAGUGCAUCACGUGAAACUGAAUCCGGAUUAUAUUGAGCAAUUAUGAAUACAAUUGUGCCUUAAGAUACGAGUGACUUGAUUUACAAGUUUUGUUUUAUGAAAUGUGAACCGUCAUCCGGACAAUUUUUGUUCUGAACAAUGCAAAACAGCAACACAAAGGAGUGUAUAUGGAUGUCGUUCAAUUGUUUGGAUGCUAGGUUAGAUUUCAUCUUUUUUUUGGGGGGGGCGGGGGGUUUAAAGAGAUCACAAAUGAUCACUCUUAAAGUUCUGAUCUCCACAUUGAAGCAAUGCCGUCCUUGUGUCAUAAAUACAUGAGGGUGGAGAAUUUAUGCUGUUUUCUAUUAAUUAAUUUUAAGGAUACUCAGAAUAUAGCUCAGAAUAUUCUGAAAACCGAGUCGAGACAAUUUUGCGUCGUCGAAGCACCACAACUCAAUUUGGGCUGAGAAACAUGCACUUAAAUAAAUCAUGAGGUAAAUUAACCAUCAAUUAAUCCCUCAGUGUAGUUUAUAUAUUUAUUAACCGUACCCCAAGGCUCUCGUGCUGCUCAAAAGAGUCAUGUCAGAGUGUGGCUGUAGCUUCUUGACCUUCUGUCCCACAAAACCAAGUUGAGUUGAGUACAUCUUCCAUGAGAAAGUCGAUGCUGCCGAGACUGCGCAAACAUGCCCCCUGCUGGCUCUGAGCAGUAUCUAAUCAGACACGAAGCAAAGGUUUUGAGGCAACGUCGUGGCAUCAUCGUAGCGGCAGGACUAUUAACAGUUUGUAAACGUUGAACUGUUGCAGCUGAGGAGAGCGAACGUCAACGACGACGCAGUGAAACCACCAAUAAAUUACUUUUAUUCGUUUUUAAAAUAUGGCAUAGUCUGAAUGUUCUCAACUCCUGGUUCUUUGUACGUGCUCAAAAGAGUCAUGUCAGACGUGCAUGUAACUCCUCUUCAAACAGCAAACUAGUUGAGACUAAAUCAACAGUACCAGGCACUGCACUCACAUUUGCUUCUAAAUGUAAAUAAUCAAUACUCAGAAAAACAUAAUCGUGAGACUGGUCAAUUGAUUUUUCACCAGAACAAGAACACAUUUUACAAAAGAAACAUCCGAGAGUGUUUUAAAAUCAUUGUGCUUUAUUUUGUCUCAAUCAAAAUGCCCACAAGGUAUCAUGUUCUUGGAGAAUAGCAUAAAACCUGAAAACUAAAACCAUACACUGUAAACGUUGACAAUUGUUUUUUUUUUUUUAAUUAUUUAAAAAUGUCAUCUUCUUUUUCUCUCAGUAAACGCAGCGCAAAAAUGAACACAUUUCAUAUAUCGUAAACAAGAAGAGAACUAGAAUUCAUAGGCGUUGCGCCAAAACCGCAAUUUGGCGCGUUUGAGGUUGAUCUGCACUCGGCAAAGACGUCGAUCAGCCAGCCGGGUUCCCCCCUUUCUCCCCCUCCGACAUCUUGUUUAGUAGUCGCCACAAAAAAAAAAAAAUAUCGGAAACACAUCAAGAUCGACCGAUGCGUGGGAGGCAUUGUUCCCCUCAGCUGGCUGUUGUGCUCGGGUCCAAAAAAUAAAACAAAAGCACCUUUAUAGCGAGAGUUUGCCCGUGAGAAAGAUGUUGCCCAAACGGAAUGUCAAGGCACUUCCCAUACCGCCCAACCCACCCAUACCCCCGCACGCGGAGCUCGUCCUUUCGAGCAACAAGGUCAUGAAAGCAACAAAAGUCAAAAAGGGAACACACAAAAGCAUCGGACACUUGGCAACUCCGAUCGUAGCGACAAAAGGACGCUUGGCGCGAAUGCCAACCCACGACUGGCUAUCGUAUCAAAUCUGUCCGCUGACUUACGAAGUGGCGUGUUCACUGUACGACUGCCAUCUGAUUAGGUCAACAGUCGUUCAAUGCAGUCUAAAAUUGUUCACAAGCAGUUGGAAAUAUAAUGAAUCAUUUGAGAAAAAGUACACUCUCAAAAUUCCAGUGACAAAAACCAUGUACAUUUUGUGACUUUUUUCGAAUGCGAAAAAACAUUUUCUUUAUAUUUUCAAAAAAAAAUUAAUGUGGAGUUUUAAGAAACUAAAGUAAUUUAGCAUAAAUUAUCAGAUUGUCACUCUCCUACAAAAAUGCAUCUCCACAAAAAAAAAAAAAAAAAGUGAAAAAACAGGUUCUUCCGAUUUUGGCUAAAAAGAAACGUUAAGUGUUAACCGAAAACUUUGUUUAGAUUUUAUAUCUACAUUUUAUUCUUGCUCUACAAUAAAAUGCAUAUCACCAUAAUUUGAGACUUCUAGCCUAAUUGUCCAAAGAAGUUUACUCUUGCGGAGACGUGCAGUUGUGGAACUCAAGACUGUUGUGAUUCGCAAUCGGCAUGUUGCACUUGAGCUUCUUUUAUUAGUGUGACAUGAUCCCCAAACUUUGGACAGCUCUGUUUUACACACUCUUUCCUCCUGACUCACGCUUAUUGCUCUGCAGAAAUAGUUU